UAGCCACCUAACAGCCACUUAAUUAGUUGGCUGUUAGGUGGCUAUUUGCUCCCUAGGGCAACAGAUUCCAAGUGUCGCCAUCUUAUAUUGUUGUCGCUGUCGGCUUGAAACGGUAAAACAGGUUAUGAAGUUUUGAAGGGACUGUAUUUAGCAGGUAUUUAGGCUUCCCGAAAACAAGGCCAAAGUACAGCAGCAUAAUUAAUCGUUUUAUUGAAAUAAACGAGCCAAAAUUAUUUGUGAUUGAUAAUAAUCAACAAAAGGACGAUCAACAUGACGGCAGUGACCCCCGGCCGUGUGCUAACCCGCUCGAUAACCACUACCCGUCCGAUCGACAUGACUCUGAAUCUCGAUUGCACUGAGGAACCCCUUUCCGAGGCUCAACUCGCCUUUAAGUCGCGGAUCCAAGAGGACUACGAUCGAGUCAUUGCUAGUCUCGAUGAGAUAAUUAAGAAAGACAACGGUCAACUCCUGACGCAAACCAGCACCGUAAGUGGCUAUCAAUACUCACUUGGUCCUGGUACUUCCUCCAUCUUGAAACAGCCGGCUAUAAAUCAAACGCAAGCCCCCAAAUCCAUUAAACUCAAUGUUUUAAACAACUCGAACAACCCUCAAGGCAAUCUUCAACUAGUAAUGGAUCCACGAAUGGGUCUGAUCCUGAAUACAGUUUCCCAAAAUACCACAUCUACUCCGACACUUUCCUCUCAAGCCCCGAAAGUCCAUCAGGCCCACUCAGUCGCUGAGAACGCCUCAAUCAAUCAACCUAUUAGCCAAUUCACUCGUGCAACUCGUCAGAACACGAUUCGAGCAAAAAUUCUUCAGAUUCAACAGCCUGAUGUCAUCGAGGAGCUUCUGCCACCUCCAGAGGCCACUCCCCCUGCCCCGGUCAUUUCUACUCCCGUAGCCACUCUAAAAGCUCCCCCGUCCUCUACUCCAUCUCAUACCCCUGUUCAAAGCUCAAUAAACUCAAAACUCAAGACUCCUCAACGGGCACCCAUCGUCGUCAGACCAACAGAGCAAACCUGCAUCGGUGGCAUCGCAGUUGGCAAUAAAAACAACACAGACAGCAUCGACGAAUCGAAGCGCCAUCUUCCUGAUGGUCGUGAGAUUGCUUUUAAUAAGAUGAAUGGGGGAAGAACAUUUCCAUCUUUGGUGGUAGUUGCGAGACCCUUUUUGAGAAGUAAGGAAGUUUCUCCCCAGACGAUUUCAAAAGAGCGAAAUGAAUUGGAUGCCAAAGUUAAGAGUGUACUGAUGUACUCAGCCACGAGAUUCGCUGAAUGGUUAAUACAGCAGGGAUUGGUCAAGUCUGAGCAAUACUGUGAUCAACAUGGCAAUCAAAAGCCGAAGCUCAAGCUGGGGAUGUACAGCCACUGUGGCUCGUUUCCGUACUCUGGAGGAUAUGUUUGGAUCUCGAGUUGUUGUCCCGAUCGAUUUGUCUCAGUUUUUUCAGGGUCAAUUUUCCAGGGGGCUCCUCAUACACCUUCAGUCUUAUUGAAACUGAUUUACCAUUGGUCAUGUCAAACCAAUGUACAGAAUGUUGUCUCCUGGGUGAAGAUUUCUAAUGUCUACGUCAAGAAUUUCUACACAAAUUUGAGAAGCGUUUGUACUGCGGCUGUUUGGGACAAGAGUUCAUUGAUCGGUGGAAAAGGAAGAAGUAUUCAGGUGGGUGUUAUAAGUCUUGGAACGACUUCGCAGGAUGGAAAUCUUCGACAAGUGAAGGUUGAAGUACUUGGCAUUUUGAACCCAGAUACCGGAGAACUGAGACUAAGAGCUUGUGAACCGGUUCAGGACAACGAUCGCACUGUAAAACGAAGAUUUAAUAACAUCCUUCAGCCUUUAAAGGAUUGGGUGGACAAAGAUUCAAAGAUACUUACAGAUUUCACCGUGGACAAAGGCAUUCUUCACGAUUUAGGAUUCAAUCAAGUGGUUCAGGUUGCUUACAAUAAUCAAACCUCUCGUCAUCAGAACAGCAAUUAUCAGGUGAUGGAGUACCUUCGUAAAAUCGUUCCCAGGAUGUUUCAAAAUACUUUGAGUCUCCUGAGUAGACAGAUGAUUCAACAAUUCCUGGACGAACUCGUUUGGAGGGAGAUGUUCGGUACAACAGCAUCACGAGCAUUUCACAGUAUUAUUAGCCACAUAGCUGAGCAAACCCGGGCUUCCACAGGUGAAAACCUUCUGGACCGCCUCAGUAAAGUUGCUGCUAAUCCGUUCAAUGAUUGGUCAUACUCACAAUUCAUUGCGAGAGACUCAUUCUCCGUCAAUGACUCCAAUGAUCCAAUAAUCCUGUCAAAUGAUACAACCGCUUCAAACGAUGCUCCAAUGUUGACACUAAAGUCUUCUUCUACUCAGCCCACCAGAAGAACCCGAAAACGUCUGAUGAACGCUUCAAGUGUUCCCGAAGCAAAGCGCCAGAGUCCAGACAUUAGAAUCGAUCUAAAGGACUUGGAUAAAGUUGAACAAGUUCCACUCCAUGAAUUCUAUUACGGGACAAUUGAAGGGGAUAAGUCUUCCUCAAAGGAGGAAAAGCGUUUUGCCUCAUUCACGUGCUUCCUCUGCCCAACAACUAUGAAAUCAAACACUGAAGUGAUGGACCAUAUGAUUAAACACGUGCCCCAUCGAGUAUCAGGACAAUCACAUUCUCAUGUGUGUCGAUACUGUUGUGCAGCAUUUUCAUCUAGGCACAUGAUGGUGACACACAUCGCUGAGGCACACAGCGCUUUUGGUAACAUCGACGGACAUAUGGUUGUUUGCGGAAUCUGUGAGCAGAAGUUUGCCAAUUCAAAUCUAUUAAUUGCACAUAUGGGCACAACACAUUCAUCAUCAGAGAUGCCAUAUCGCUGUGAGAACUGCGGAUAUAGGACAUCAAGUCAUAAAGAUGCAGUUGAUCAUUUUUAUAAGGCUCAUGAGAGAGGGGAUUCUCUACAAUGUCCUUAUUGUCUCAAGGUCAUGCAGUUUUGCAUAGAUGGGGCUGCAAUUUCUGCAAACAUUCAGGCGUAUUUGGUACACAUGCAGAGACAUGUUCUAAGGAGAGAGCAGGGAAGGGGAAACAAGUGCUCCAGAUGUUGCCUUUGGUUCAAUCAGAAGAGUGCUCUCAAGCAGCAUCAAGCAGAUCUUCAUAUACCCUGGCUUGGCAGCAAAGAGACCCCCACCAUAUCUGAAGAGAAACGCAUAAUGAUUCCUAAAUUCAGGCAUCAAUUGAAGAGAAUUGACGUUGGUCCUGUUCCUCCAGAAUUGCCGGAUGAUGAGGAAUUUGACAGAUGGAACAGUCCCAUUGUUGUUAAUGUACCAAACUCGCUGUAUCAUUUCCGUUGUCAGGAAUGUGAGGAAGAUAUUGAUGAGGAGGAUCAUUAUCCAGGAGAGCAGAAGUGUAGCCAGUGCCGGUAUGUCACUUGUUGUUGGAGAGCCUUCAAGGAACAUCAGCAGCAGAUUCACAAUGAACGUCCUAUGACUAGUCUUAUUGUUCCUUCUCCACUUAUUAAUAUUCCACUUGAGAAGAAGAUGAAAUGCUCAUGUGGCUAUGGGACUAAGGAUGGUAAUUUAUUGGCUACACAUUUUGUUAAGUGUAAGAAAGUCUCGGGGGGUAUUGAGGGCCGGGGCUCAACGGGAAUGCUCGAUAGCCUCGGUCUUGUACCUAAAAAUGCUACAUGAAAAUGGGGAGGAGAAUCAUCAAGAAUAUGUUUUUUCAUGUAUUUGUAAUUUCGGAAAAGUUAUUGAAGCUAUUUCUAUUCUGUAAUUUGAGACUAUUUGAGAUUGAUUGUCCUGCAUACACAACUAUGUCAUUAUGUCCCACUGAUACAUAAAUCUUCGAAUAAAUCUUCUUUAUCAUCA